AUGCCACUGCUUGGGCUCUUCCUGGCGCUUUUACCCGUAAGUUUACCCGUGGGUAGACUUAUUUUUCCCAAGAGAUUUCUCGAUCCGGACUACCUGAAAUAUCCAAAACAUCCACACGUCGAGGCAGAGAAUCUUGGACAAAAUCGUCGUCAUUGGCCACCAAAUUUCAAAAUUUUCCCGAAAAUCUUCCCAAGAAAUGAAAUUCCAGUGGAUUUACCCGCUGGGUACAAUGAUCGG